CCCGGAACUUGUGGAGCGGCUGAAGUGGCCGGGAACAGAAGGAGGCGGAGGAGGCGGUGCGGCGUCGCCCUCGGUGGUUGGAUAUAUUUCCCAUCAUGGUGGGUGAGAGGCGGAAUGGAAAUCUGCUGGUGCAUCUUGGACCUAAACUACAGGCCUACCCUGAGGAGCUAAUCCGUCAACGUCGUGGCCAUGAUGGACACACUGAAUACCUGAUUCGCUGGAGCAUCAUUAGCCUGGAUGACAGCACAGGCAGCAACACCAAUGCUGCUUCUGCUGAGAGCAAAACUGAGAAUAUCCUGAUGUGGAUGUCAGCAGAGGAGGUUUAUGCUAACUGCCCAACACUGCUGGGCAAGAGGAAGCCUGAGGGGCAGCGAGUAAAGGAGGAGAAAGCACCUAGCAGCACAUAUCCAUCUGAUGUCACAGUGGAUGAAGCUUCGCUUCGUGAGAUGAAGGCAGAUGUCAGGACCCUGGUGCAGCGGGCUGCUCGGCAAAUGGCCAGGACAACAGGCCCAGAGUCCUCCAUCUUGAACACCAUCCAUGUGCUCAGUGCCUAUGCUAGCAUUGGCUCUUUGACAGGUGUCUUCAAGGAGACAGGUGCUCUGGAUCUUCUGAUGAAGAUGCUAUGUAAUGAGGAGAAGCAAAUCCGUCGCAGUGCUGGCAAGAUGCUGAGGGCUCUGGCUUCCCAUGAUGCAGGAAGCCGAGCUUAUGUUCUCUUGUCGCUGAGUCAGCAGGAUGGCAUUGAGCAGCAUAUGGAUUUUGACAGUCGUUAUACUCUCUUGGAGCUGUUUGCAGAGACGACAUCCUCUGAAGAGCACUGCAUGUCCUUCGAGGGGAUCCAUCUUCCUCAGAUUCCAGGGAAGCUGCUGUUUUCUCUGGUGAAGCGCUAUCUAUGCGUUACCUCUCUCAUGGACAAGCUUAACAGCACCACAGAACUGGGAGGGGAGCGCCAAGACACUGCAGCCCCCAGUGCAAAUUUUGGGGAAAAGAGCCGGGUGCAGCGGGAGUUUGACUUCAGCAUGGCCAUGGCCAACCUCAUUUCAGAGCUGGUGCGGGUCAUGGGCUGGGACCGCAGCCAAGAGAGGGAGCUUCUUUCUUUCAGGGAAACACAGCCUCGGGUCAUUCGGUCUAUCUUCCAGCCCAAGGGCUCCACUUGUACUGCUGUUCAGGUGCCUCUGGUUGCUCCAAAGCCUCCACCAAGGAAAAAGCAAGGGCAAGCUUUCUUGACUUUGUCCGAUUUCUCUAGUCGUAGCAGCUAUAUAGAGUACGUGCAGGAGAAUCUGAAGCCAGGGAUGACUGUGCGGAUGCUGGAAGACUACGAGGAGAUCAAUGCUGGAGAUGAGGGUGAAUUUCGUCAAAGCAAUAGUGGGAUGCCUCCUGUACAGGUUUUGUGGCAGUCUACUGGGCGCACCUACUGGGUGCACUGGCAUAUGGUAGAAAUUAUUGGCUCUGGGGAGCAGCUUGAAGAGGAGGCUGCCCAAGAAAAGGUAUCCAGUCUAACAGAGAACCUGAAACUACCCUCAGUGACUCAGACCUUCUACUGCAAACCCCUCGGGGGGCUGUACUCCUUGCCAUACCUGAUGGAUCGGAGGAAUGAGAACUCCGGGACCCUGAGCCGGGCUGAAUGGUGGGAGCUGCUUUUCUUCAUCAAGAAGCUAGAACAGCACGAACAGCAGGAAGUGGUUCACUUCAUCGAGCAGAACCACAAAGAGCAGCCGUCGGAGCUCGACGAAGAGGGCCUCAUCCAGCUGCCCGUGCCGGUGGAGCUGGCUCAGAAAGUGCUGCCGCUCCUGAGCAACCACUGCCAGGGCUGCACCCGGAGCGACCUGCACGGCUCCCACGUCUAUCUCAAGUAUUCCUCCAGCAAAGGAGGGGCGGAGCAGAACGGCCAGAAUGCGGACCCGAUCCCCACGAACGGCGGCAGCCUUGCUGAAGCCGUGGCCUCCAAAACGCCCAAGAAGGAGUCGCUCUCUGCUGAAGUGCCUUCCCCAGCUCCAUCCACGGCAGAGAAAACCGACACGCAGCUGAUCAAUGAACUCCUCAAAGUGGAAGGACUUUCCUUCCCGGACACUCUGGAUGAGAAGGCCAAAGCCUUCUGCAGUGUGAAGGUGACAGGGAAGAGGAGCUCCUUGGAGAAGCUAGCAGAUGUUGUAGACAUAAUCCAAAAAUCUAGUUCUGAGGUUGCGCUACAGAUGGCUGGGCUCAGAUUCAUCACCAAAAUCUUGGAGGACGAACCUGGUCAAGAGAGACAAAUCAUCAAAGUGGAUGGUGGACCUUCAAUCAGAGAGAAAGUGGUGAAGAUGCUGGUGGAGCUGCUGAGCAACCAGGUGAAGGAGAAGCUGCUGGUGGUGAUGGCCCUGCGGCUGCUUUACGUGUUCAUGGCGAAAUACGACUGGCGAGUUCUCUUUGCCACAGAAGGCGGGGUGCGUGCCGUCUUGGGCUGCAUGCAGGAGUAUCCCACAUCAGCAUUGGUGCAACAAGCCGGCCUGGCAGCACUGAAAGUGCUGGUAGGUGCUGGGAACUGUGAGCUGCUUGGUACCAGUGGGAAGUCCUACCCUCUGAACCACUCGGAUGCCCAGAUGAUGCGGGAGAUCUUUGCCAGCAUUGGUUCUGCUUCCAGCAAGGAUUCUGAUAACUUGCUGUGUGCCAUCCGUACUGCGAUUGAGAAGAUGUUGGGCACACCUGGGGCCUCGUCAGCAGUGCAAAAUGGGCUCUUGGUCUUGAACAUGCUGAUCAACAAUCACAAGGGCCUGGCGGAGCAGCUGGGGAACUGCGACCUCCACUCAGUCCUGCAGAGCUGCUGUCGAGCAGGCCAGAGCUCCAAUGAAAUGUUGGCUCGGAUAGUACUCAACCGUCUGGCUGAGCAUAAGUUGCCACUGGGCCAGGAGAAUGCAGAGUCUGAGGCAUCCUUUGAGCUGAAGGACAUGGACGUACCCACGCUGCUCAGAAACCUCCGCGAGACCAGCUUCUCCAAGGAGGUGGUGCUCGCGCUGGAGCGCUGCCUGUGCGAUGAAGCUGUCUGCCCGGAGGGAAAUGGCACGGAGCUCUUGCCAGACCGCGAGCACUUCUUGUUGCUGUUGAAAACCCUGGAACAGCUGGGAGCUGAGAAGACUGUGCAGAUGGGCAUGCUGAGGAUUUUGAAUAAGUUUUUGGACAGUUCCCAAGAGGAUAUGCUGCCCUGGCAUGAGUGCAUUGAGCCCUGCCUGUCCUCCAUGAGUGCCCACAGCAAUGAACGGGAGGUCGUACAGGAGUUCAUCCGUUUCCUGCACCGUCUAGCCACCACCAACAAAGACUGCGCUGUCGUGAUGUGUCGGGUGGGCACAAAGGAGGCUCUGACCAAAGCUAUGGACAAGCACAACUCCAAUCUAUUGCUGGUGACAGAGCUACGCGACCUUGUGACUGACUGUGAGAAAUAUGCCAGCCUCUAUAAGAAGAUGACGACCAGCAUUCUGGCUGGUUGCAUCCAGAUGGUUUUGGGCCAGAUAGAGGAACACAGGCGCAGCCACCAGCCUAUCAACAUCCCCUUUUUUGACGUGUUUUUGCGCAACCUUUGCCAGGGUUCCAACGUGGAGGUGAAGGAGGACAAGUGUUGGGAGAGAGUGGAGGUCUCCUCCAACCCCCACCGAGCCAGCAAACUGACGGACAGGAAUCCAAAGACCUACUGGGAGUCUAAUGGCAGCACUGGCUCCCACUACAUCAAUGUCUACAUGCACCGUGGAGUGGUAGUCAGGCAGAUGACUUUGCUAGUGGCAAGUGAGGAUUCCAGCUACAUGCCAGCACGGAUUGUGGUCAUGGGAGGAGAGAACACGUCCAGUAUCACUACUGAGCUCAAUACUGUGAACGUCCUUCCGUCAGCAAGCAGAGUGGUUCUUCUGGAGAACAUGAUCCGCUUCUGGCCCGUCAUACAGAUCAAGAUCAAGCGUUGUCAGCAGGGUGGCAUCGACACGCGUGUGCGGGGCAUCGAGGUGCUGGGCCCCAAGCCCACCUUCUGGCCCAUCUUCAAGGAGCAGCUGUGCCGGCGCACGUACCUCUUCUACACCACCAAGGCGCACACCUGGUGCCAGGAGAUCUCCGAGGACCGGAUGCAGCUGCUGCAGCUCUUCAGCAGGUUGAACAGCGCCUUGCGCCACGAGCAAGUGUUUGCCGACCGCUUCCUGCCCGACGACGAGGCCGCCCAGGCCUUGGGCAAGACCUGCUGGGAGGCGCUGAUCACCCCCUUGGUGCAGAGCAUCACCGCUCCAGAUCCCAGCGGCAUCAGCCCCCUGUCAUGGCUGCUGACCCAGUAUUUGGAGAACCUGGAGGCCGCCCGGCGCACCAAGAGCCGGGCCGCCAUCUUCAACUCCCGUGUCCGGCGCCUGAGCCACCUGCUGGUACACGUGGACUCGAGCAGCCCAGAGCCCGAAGAGCUGAAGCCCCCCGUUAAGUCGAACGGGAAGAACGGCAAGAACAAGGAGUCGAGCGCCGGUGCAGCCAAGGCCGCCGUGAAGAAGCCCAGCAGCACGACGGGCAUCACGCAGUGCUGGAAAGGCGUGGUCCAGCAGCAGGUGACGCGCUUCCUGGAGUCCUCCUGGCAGGCCCCGGACUUCGUGGAGCGCUACUGCGGCACCUACCUGCGCCUGCGCACGGCCAUGGAGGAGCUCUUUGGGCAGCAGCUCUCCUUCGUGCUGGCCCUGUGCCACGGCUUCUCCGGGGGGCUGCUGCAGCUCUCCUUCCUGACCGCCAUGCACGUGAGCGAGCAGUUUGCCCGUUACAUCGACCGGUGGAUCCAAGAAAGCUGGGCGGAUUCGGGCAACGUGGAGACCUUGCGGCGCCUGCAGCAGAGCCUGGAGCCCGUCCUCUUCCUGGCAGGCCUCGAGUUGGCCAACACCUUUGAGCACUUCUACCGGUACUACCUGGGAGACCGUCUCCUGUCCCAGGGCAAGACGUGGCUGGAGAGUGCCGUGGUGGAGCACAUCGGGCUCUGCUUCCCCAACCGCUUCCCCCAGCAGAUGCUGAAGAACCUGAGCGAGCUGCAGCAGCAGCAGCAGCAGUUCCACCUCUUCCAGCUGCAGCAACUGGACAAGCACCUGCUGGAGCUCGAUCAGCCUGGGAAGCAGCAGGAGGAAGAGGAGGAGGAGGAGGAGGAGAGAGAGGGGAUGGAGGAGCAGCCGUUCCCUCCGGAGGAGGAGGCGGAGGCCGAGGUGGACGUGCUGGCCUUGUCCCCCCGCUGCUGGACCGUCUCUCCGCUCUGCUACCUGGAGGAGCCGGACAAGUUCUUCCCCCCCUCCCUCAGCCAGCACCUGGGCAAGUUUGCGGACUUCUACACCCAGAGUCAGAGCCGCUUUGGACAAGAGCACACGAAGCCGCGGCGUUUGCAGUGGACGUGGUUGGGCCACGCCGAGCUGGAGUACCGGGGCUGCAUCCUGCACGUGUCCACCCUGCAGAUGUACAUCCUCCUGUGCUUCAACAGCGCUGAGGAGGUGUCUGUGGAGAUGCUGUUGCAAGCCACAGGGCUCUCCCCCGUCCUCCUGAGUCAUGCGUUGAAACCUCUCACCAAGGAGAACGGGAUCCUGGCCCAGAGUCAGGGCGCCUUGCGGCUGAAUGAGGCGACGCUGUCCCGGAUGUCCGGCCAGCGCCUGUGGCUGCUGCCCAAACAGACGUACUUGAACGUGGAGGAGAAUGAGGGCAGCGCUCUGGAGAGGAAGAGGAACAUCAUCUGCUGCCUCCUGAUCCAGAUCCUGAAAGAGGAGAAGGAGAUCCACAUCGACAACCUGGUGUUCAGGGUGAUGGACGCUUGCCAGAAAUGGGAGUCUGGCUCAGCUCUGAAGUUCUUGAGCUUUUGUUGUAGCAGCACUGAUGUCCUCUCCUGCAUCUUGCAUCUGCUGAGCCAGGGCUACAUCCGGCGCCAGGAGGACAGCCCCCAGCUCCUGGAGUACAUCUCUGCAGAGCCCACCACCCCUCACCGGGGGCAAGCGCAGCUCAUCUUUCAGAGCACGGAUUGCGAGAAGAAAAAGCCCCCUUCGGGGACAGAUGUGGGCAACAAAUCCUUGCCUUUCAGGUUGGACGCCUUUGGCCUCGGCACAGAGCAGGUGCUGAUGGAAAUGGUGCUGCUGCCCAUGGGGCGCACGAUGAACCAGGAAGAGGUUGGGGUGCUGAUGACUCAGACGGUGCAGCGUGUCUCGGAUACUCUAAGCGUGGCUGCAGAUAUCGCCCAGCACCUGCUGAUUCACUGUAAAUGGAAUGUGGACGUCCUGAUCCAGCGCUACACGGAGGAUCCAGAGCUGCUGCUGUUUUCAUCAGGGCUGCAAGUCCGAAACCCCCAGCCGCCCUCGAGCCCCGUCACCCACUGCCCGGUGUGUGUGAAUCAGCUGAGCCAAGCAGACAAUCCACCCGUUCUCUGCUGCAUGCAUUACUGCUGCAAGUCCUGCUGGAAUGAAUACUUGACGACUCGGAUUGAACAGAACCUGGUUUUGAACUGCACCUGCCCCAUCUCCGACUGCCCUGCACAGCCCACCACCGACUUUAUCCGCUCCAUCAUUUCCUCCAAGGAGGUCAUUGCCAAGUAUGAGAAAGCGCUCCUGAGGGGUUACGUUGAGUGCUGUUCGAACCUGACCUGGUGCACCAACCCUCAGGGCUGUGACCAGAUCCUCUGCAAAGAAGGCCUUGGCUGUGGAGAAGCCUGUUCAAAGUGCUCCUGGAUCUCCUGCUUCAACUGCAACUUCCCAGAAGCUCACUACCCAGCCAGCUGCAGCCACAUGUCCCAGUGGAUGGAUGAUGGUGGGUUUUAUGAAGGGAUGACUGUAGAAGCUCAGAGCAAGCACCUGGCCAAACUCAUCUCCAAGCGCUGCCCAAGCUGCCAAGCUCAAAUAGAGAAGAACGAGGGCUGUCUGCAUAUGACUUGUGCCAAAUGUAACCAUGGAUUUUGCUGGCGUUGCCUGAAGCCUUGGAAACCAACCCACAAGGAUUAUUACAACUGCUCUGCUAUGGUGAGCAAAGCGGCUCGACAGGAGAAGCGUUUCCAAGACUAUAAUGAAAGGUGCACUUUCCAUCAUCAAGCGAGGGAAUUUGCCAUGAACUUGCGAAAUAGGGUUUCCACCGUCAGUGAUGUGCCAGAGAUUCGAACUUUGACGUUUGUUGUUGAUGCCUGCAAAAUGCUGGAACAGGCACGAAAAGUGCUGGCUUACUCCUGUGUGUACAGCUACUAUAACCAAGACACUGAAAAGAUGGAUAUCAUGGAGCAACAGUCAGAGAACCUGGAGCUGCACACCAAUGCUCUGCAGAUCCUUUUGGAAGAGACAUUGCUGCAGUGCCAAGAUCUUGCCUCCUCCAUUCGGCUGCUGAAAGCAGAACAUUUUAAUACGGGUCUAGAGUUGGUUCGCAGGAUCCAAGAACGGCUCCUAGCAAUUCUGCAGCAUGCCACUCAGGACUUCCGAGUGGGGUUCCAGACCCGACAAGGCUCUGAACAGAGGGAGAUGAAGUUAUCUAAUGUGCCUAAUGCUACUCCUGCUUACAAAGAGCUCGUUUUUGACGAGGGCUCUGAUUCACCUGACACGGAUGAUGGUGGUAAAGAGGAGGAGGAUGACGAAGAUGAAGAAUAUGUCCCCGAGUGGCAGGACGAGUAUGACGAUGAAGAUCUUGACGAUGACAAUAUUUCUUAUGACGAUGAAUCAGAGAAUCUGGAGAGGGAUUCUUUCUUUUUUGAAGAUGAGGACGACAUUUAUGAUUAGAGUGGGGCUUCUGGCACUCCAAAUUCACCUCAGAGAAUUCUGGAGCAAAACAUGGCCUGUCACUCAGACAGCCUUGUCCCUGCUGCACUCUGUACUCUGUGUCUGUCUUGGUCAAAAGCAGCAGGAUUUCAGUCAGGUGGGAGGGAGCUGACAACAAAUGGCACUUCCUGCCUUGUGACUGUUGGUAAAUUAUACAGGGCUGCUGUGCCUGGUUACACAUGAACUUCAUCAGCCGUUGGCAAAAAGGGGGUCAACUGAGACCUGCAAGCUUUCUUCAUACUCCUCCUUGGGGAAUAAAACCAGGUGCCAGUCUAGAAACAGGUCCAGUCAUUGCCUCAUCCCCAAUACUGGCUUCAGCCGUGAGAGGUUAAGGAAGUGCCGCACGUCAUCAGUGUCUGUGAAAGACUGCACACCAUUCUUGCCUGUAUUCCCUGUACUUUAUUGCCCAUUUGCUACUAUUAUGCAGGAAUCCUGCCUUGGCCAAACCUACUUCAUUUUAUAAUCUAGCCCGACAAUGACUUAAAAUCCCAGGAAACACUAACGACGCAACCUUACGAGUGCUGGUUUUAGCCCAAUGGCUUUUAUUUCCCAGUAGUGAUGUUCCAUGUGGCACACCUGCAACAUCUCUUAAGGGCCUCUUUUCUGCCACUGCAUUCUCACAUGUUCUAGCACAGAGGUCUAGAAAUCAAGGGUGAAGCUUUUCACUCCAUUGCUGUGUGAAGUGCUCUCCUGGAUUGAGUGCACAGGGAGAAAGCUUCUGUCUAACUGGAGAGAGGACAGUUUAGGCGAUUUAGGUCAUUGUGUGUGUUUGGAGAUGAAAGCCAGUGAAACUGUUGAAACAAAAUGCCCCAAAUUGAGCUAAAGUGCCCUACUUUCGAUCUGACAGGUGGCUCUGUGGGUUGCCAGUGUUCUGAAUGGACAUGGUUUUCUGUGCACCUCUUUCAUUGAGAGGCAAGUUUUCUGUAUCUUUUUUUGUUUUGUUUUGUUCCUUUGUCAUUGGAAUCGUCUUCUCUUCCUGCAGAUCGGAAUUCUGCAGGAUAUAGAGGUUCAGAGGGUUCGUAUAUAUAAUAUAAAUAUAUAUAUAUAUAUAUGCAGAAGCUGAAAUUGUUCAGAUUAUUAUGCUUUAUCUUUUCUUGACAAAUGAAAAAGAAUCCUGAAAGAACAAGAUUAUACAACUUCUGUUUAUGAAAUAAACAGUUUUUCUUCUA